AUCUUCAUAUUCUGUCUUUCUAGUACCAAUACUAAGAAUUCUUAGUACCUUAAACCAUGAAAAUCUCAUACUUCUUUGCCACUUUUGUCGUCGUUUUGUGUCGUCUCAGCGCAAUAAAUUCGCAGUCUCUUGUUCCUGCACUCUUCAUAUUUGGAGACUCAAUUGUUGACGUGGGGAACAACAACAAUCUUGAAACAGUUGUUAAAGCAAAUUUCCCACCCUAUGGAAGAGACUUUGUCAAUCACAAGCCAACUGGGAGAUUCUGUAAUGGAAAACUUGCUUCAGACUUCACUGCUGAAAAUCUUGGAUUUACUUCAUACCCACCAGCUUAUCUCAGCAAGAAUGCUACAGGAAAAAACCUGCUAAUUGGAGCUAACUUCGCUUCUGCUUCCUCUGGUUAUUAUGAUGCCACAGCAAAAAUCUAUAAUACAAUUCCGUUGACCAAGCAACUAGAAUUCUACAAGGAUUAUCAGAAGAAACUGGUAGAAAUUGCAGGGAAAUCCAAUGCUUCAUCAAUAAUUUCUGGUUCAGUAUACCUAAUUAGUUCUGGAAGCAGUGAUUUUGUUCAGAAUUACUACAUUAAUCCUCUUCUCUACGAAGUCUACACAACUGAUCAGUUCUCAGAUAUUCUCCUGCAAUCCUACACAAAAUUCGUACAGGAAUUGUAUAAGUUGGGAGCAAGGAAGAUUGGAGUGACAACAUUGCCACCACUUGGAUGUGUACCAGCAGUGAUUACAAUAUUUGGAAAGGACAGCAAUGACUGUGUGGAAAAAGUAAACAAAGCAGCAAUUUCAUUCAACAAUAAACUGAAUGCAACAUCCCAGAGUUUGCAAAGCAAGCUUUCUGGUCUUAAUCUUGUUGUUUUGGACAUCUACCAACCUCUUUAUGACCUGGUUACAAAGCCUAGUGACAAUGGAUUUUUCGAAUCGAGAAAGGCAUGUUGUGGCACCGGAUUGGUGGAGACAUCUAUAUUAUGCAAUGCAAAGUCCCCGGGAACCUGUAAAAAUGCAACGGAGUAUGUGUUUUGGGAUGGAUUUCAUCCUUCAGAGGCUGCAAAUAAAAUUAUUUCUGAUGACUUGCUUGCUGCUGGCAUUUCCCUCAUCUCCUAAAGAUUUUUUAAACAUUUAAUUUGCUUUUGACGUUCAUUCCUUUAAAGUUUCGUCUUAAAUUUGACAUUUUCCAGUCGUGAGUGAUUAUAGUAAAUGUGAUGUCGAUUGUGAUAAAAUUUAUACUUUUGCAGUAUUGAUUUUUAUAAA